AUGGAUUUAAUACUUAAACGACCAUUAGCUAUUAUUCAUCAACUUCAAAGACAACAUUCAUUUUUAACAAUUGAAAAUGUGAAAGAAAUACUUGAUGAAACUGUCUUAUUUUUAAAUACAACUAAUAAUCGAGCAAAUGGUUUACAUGAGUUAGCCACAAUUUGUCAUGAAUUAGCAUCAGUUCAUAUGCUUAUACCAUUCGAUAAUAUAGAAAUCAUAAAACAUGAAUUUUUCAUUAUUCUUGGACGUACAUUUGAAAUGUUAUUAUCAAAAGCAAGAUUAAUCUCUAUGACCAAAGCCGAUGAACAAUAUUUUUAUGACUUAAGUUAUUUUAUAGUCAAUUUAUGUUUACAUAAAAAUAUAGCGGCAUCAAAUUUUUUUAUUGCUAAUAAUGAAAAAUGGAAUCCUAACAAUGAAGAAAAAUACGAUCCCGUAUCAUAUCAAAAAAUCUUUUUCACAAAAUCAUUUUUUCAAAAGUUUAUUAAAAUUAUUACACAUGAUUUAAUUAUUAAUGAUUAUCAACCAUUUCAUGUUAAAUACAAAGUUACUCAUAGUUUACUUCGUCUUUGUGUUGAAUUAAAUGAAAUUGAUCAUAGUCUAUUGAUUGAUCCAAUUAUUCAAUGUUUAAAUUCAAAUUUUUAUCUUAAUACUUUUAAAGCAAUUGAUCUUCGUCAAGCAAUUUUUAAUCCUAAACAAUUAUUUUUUAUUUGUGAAUGUCCAGAAUUUAUUAUUCAACGUUGUUUGAAACAACAAGAUCAACUAUCCAAUUUAUUAUGUCUACCAAUGUUGGAAUAUAGUCGAGAUAUUCUUAGACAACAUUUACCAGUUUCAUUAGAAGGAGAAGAUUUAGAAAAUAUUGUAUGCAUAAGAGGUGCAAAAAUACAAGCAAUUAGUUUACAUAUUAAACUAUUAAAUCAUUUUGCUUUGACACCAGCAACAAGAAGAUAUUUCAUUAUAGGAAAAAACAAAAAAAUCAUUGACCAAAUGGUUAUAGUAUUAUCACAACCAUCUUUAAUUAAAAGUGUUACUCAUAAUCAUCAAUUAUUUCAUGCUGAUGUUGGUAUGGUAUCAUAUGCAAUAACUUUACUAUAUAAUUUAAUAUUUGAAAAGAAAAUUUUUUUUCGAUUAAAAGAAAAUGAAACUAUUUUAGCUGCUUGUUCACAAUUACAAAAAGCAAACGAUCAAACAAUAAAAUUUGGUUCAUAUACAUUAUCUGCUAUUUUAAAGCAAAAAGAUAUUGAUGAAAUAAAUAAUCCAUCAAAAACUGCUCAAACUUAUUUGUUUUACAUUGAAAAUAUGAUUGAUGAACCAUCACGUAUAUAUCAUGGAGUAAAAUUAAAUGGGGUAUUAACUAAUCUUGAAAUAAUUGUUCAAAAUGAUCAAAUUAAAGAAGAGAUUGCUAAUGAUGAUCAAGGUAUACAGCUGAUUGCAAAAUGUGCAUAUGGUAAAGAUUUCGAUGAUGAUAUUCGACAUCCGGCUCUAAGAAUUAUUUUAUCAGUUUCAUUUGCUGGAGAUGUUGCUAUUGAAAAAAUAAAAAAUAUUGAUCCACUUCUUGAUUAUGUUCAUGAUGAAUUUAUUUCGAAUAAUGCAAAACAAAGAUGGACAGCUAAUGCAAUUCAAUGGAAAAUUGAUGAAGAAAAAAAAUUUAUCAAAAAUCAAGAAGAAAAUAAAGAAAAAGAUCAAGAAAUUAUUGAAUAUAUUAAACCAAGUGUUAAAUUUGACGAAUCAAAAGCUCUUUAUCAAUAUAUUAGAGGUGAUCAUCGUUUUGAUUUAUCUGAUUUUCAAAUAGAAGACACACAUGUAAUGAUCAGUUAUUGUCUUGAUGAUAAAGAAAUAUGUGAUCAAAUUUUUGAUAAAUUAAAAACAGUAAAACAUUAUCAACUAUGGAUGAAUAAACAAUAUUUACACAGUGCUAAUCCAGAAGUCGUAGCGUCAGCAAUGGAGAAAGCGGAUAUCGUUAUUAUGUGUUUUUCAAAUAAGUAUCGAGAAUCAUCAGUAUGUCGAUUGGAAGGUGAAUAUGCUCACAAACGCAAACGACCAUUUAUUCCAAGUUAUGCUCGUAAUCAAGCAAAUAUGAUGCAAGUUUUACAAGCUGGUAAACGUAAAUCAGUUGUGAAAAUUCUUUAUAUGCCGACAGUAUCUGCCAAACGUGUAAUGGCACAAAAGAACACAAAAUUCAGCACAACGCCUUCGAAAAAAACAAAUACAGUUUCAAAAUCAACUACUACUAAGCCUUCACCCAAACCUACUAACAUCCAAAUACAAUCUACAACGAAUAAUAUUUUAUUAGAACAAUCACAUUUUCAAGUUAGUGAGAAGUUUAUUAUAUUUUGGUUAGAAUCGAAUUUAAACAACUUAAAUGAAAAACUAAUUUCUCAAAUUCGAUCUAUUGUGAAUACGAUCAAAUUCUUUACUGAUAUCGAUCAAUGCGUCAAGACUCUUAUUGAGAUUAAAGAUGUAAAAAUUUUUUUAAUUGUUUCAAAUUCUCUUGCUCAACAAAUCGUUCCUGUCGCUCAACAAUUCAUUCAAGUUGAUUCAAUCUAUAUAUUUAGUAAUCAUAAAUCGAUAAAUGAACAAUGGAGCAAAGCCUAUAUAAAGAUCAAAGGAAAUUUUAAUCAGAUUGAAGCACUUUGCAAUGUACUUAAAGAAAGAGUUCAUCAAUUAAAUAAUGAUUUUAUACCAAUUAGUAUUGUUCCCGAGUCAUCAAUAGAUAAUCUGAAUAGUGUCGAUCCAUUAUUUAUGUAUUUUCAGUUAUUUAAAGAAAAUAUUUUAACUAUUGAAUAUGAUUAUGAAAUGGAACAGCAACAACUAGUGGAUUAUUGCCGUCCACGUUAUCAAGAGACUGAAAAAGACACAAAAAUAUUUGAUCAAUUUAAAGUAGAAUAUCGUCAAAAGUCGCCAAUUUGGUGCCAUUUAAGUGCUAUUAAAUCAGAAGAUGAAAUCCUUUUCUCAAUGUCUACCAUAUUUCGAAUUGGUGAGAUAAAGCAAAUAGAAAAUUGGUUAUGGGAAGUGAAUUUAAUUUUAACAGGUGAUAAGGAUCCACUACUCACACGUCUUACUGAUCACAUGCGUCUUUCACUUGGAGACGGAAAUGGAUGGCGUCGACUUGGUCAAUUAAUGAUCAAGAUGGGAGAAUUUAAAAAGGCUGAAGAAAUCUAUAAUACACUACUCAAAAGAAUAUCUUGUGAUGACAAGACAGAAUGUGCUUUCCUUCACAAUCAACUUGGAUAUGUUUCCAAACAACAAGGUGAUUUACCUGAAGCACUUUCUCAUUACACACACUCUCUUGAAAUUAGCCAAAGUUCUAUGUCAUCUAAUGAUCCUCGACUCUCUAGUACAUACUCGAAUAUUGGGGGAAUUCUUAAAAAACAAGGUGAACUUGAUAGAGCAUUGAAAUAUUAUGAACAUGCUCUUAAGAUUGAUCUUGCAAUGCCAGAACCCAAUCCACUGGAAAUUGCUAUUGAUUACAAUAAUAUUGGUUCAGUAUUUGAUGAUCAAAAAAAGUAUCCUGAAGCACUCAAAAAUUAUAAAGAAGCACUAGAAAUCAAACGUGAUUAUCUUCCACCUCAUCAUCCAUCUCUUGCUACUACCUAUAGUAACAUUGGUUUAGUAUAUAGAAACAUGGAUGAUAGUUCUACUGCACUUUUAUAUUACCAACAGGCACUUGAAAUCCAAAACAAAUCUCUUCUAUCCAAUCAUCCAUCAUUAAUUGUGACUCAUGGAAACAUGGCAGGAGCAUUGGAAAGUCUUAAGCAGUACAAUGAGGCUAUUGAACAUGCUCAAAGAGCUGUUGAUAUUGCUAAACAUGCAUUUGGUCCCAAUCAUGCUGAAUGGCAAAAAAGAGAGAAAUAUCUCGAAGAACUUCAAAGAAAACGCUGA